CACCUCUGACUUUUCCAUUCUUCAACCUAUUUAAGCACACUUCAGUUCAUUCCAUUUCCAUCAACUCUCACAACUCACAAGCCAUCACUAAAUUAAGAUAUGGUAAAAAUGAGUAGUAGCUCAUCCCAGAAGAAGUACAAAGGCGUAUGUUGCCGGAAAUGGGUGUCGGAGAUACAAGUUCCGGGCACCAAACACGGCCGCUGGCUCGGCCCCUACACGACGUGUGAGGCGGCCGCAGUGGCCCAGGACUUAGCCUCCUACUGCCUGAGAGGAACCUCUUCGGUGCAAAGGGUUAAUUUAUCAUCAAUGGUUUUAACCCUCGUCACUUCUCCUCCACCACCGCCACCACCACCUUCUUCUUCUCCUCCUCCUCCUCUUCCUGCUCUAUCCGCACUCAAAUGGCUCCCUGAAGAUAAUCAAGCACCCGAGAACUCCACGAGUACUCGAGUUCUUGAGUCUGAAGAUCAAUACCUUCAAGGAGUACCCGAUAAUUCACCACCGGAGAAGGCUCUGGGAUUGAACGUGUUGACGAAGAGGCCGGCAAGCCUUGUUGUACCGGCUCCUUAUCAUCCCGGGGACGAUUUUGGUGAAGUAAAUAAAAAGUUGGACAAUAAGGAAUAUUUUGAGGUUGAAGGGAGAGACUACUGUUUGGCAAGCAGGAAAGGAAAGAGGAAGGUUAUGGAGGAUGGUUAUGGGGUUAUGCUUGAUAUUUUGGGAGAUCCUAAACAGGCAUUUUUUGGGGUGAUCGAUGGGCAUGGUGGCUGUGCUGCAGCUGAAUAUGUUGCUGAAAAUUUGGGGAAGAACAUUGUGAAAGCACUUGCUGAAGAAGAUGAGAUAGAAGCAGCAAUUCGUGGAGGCUACUUAGUCACAGAUAAAGAAUUUCUUAGUCAGGGUGUAAGUAGUGGAGCUUGUGUAGCUAGUGUACUAUUGAAGGAUGGAGAAUUACAUGUAGCGAAUGCAGGAGAUUGUAGAGUAGUUUUGAGUAAGAAAGGAAUAGCUGAUGCAUUGACAAGCGAUCACCGUCUUAGUAGGGAAGAUGAGCGCUUCCGAAUAGAAAACUCCGGCGGCUAUGUGCAUUGCAGAAAUGGAGUUUGGAGAGUUAACGGAUCACUCGCGGUUUCUAGAGCUGUUGGUGAUCUGCAUCUGAAAGAAUGGAUCAUUUCUGAACCAGAGAUUAAGAAGCUUCCUUUAACCUCUGAUAGCGAGUUUUUGAUAAUGGCUUCUGAUGGAUUGUGGGAUAAGGUAAAUGACCAGGAGGCAGUUGAUGUAGUAAUAAGGGAGAGAGAUUCACUAAAAUCUUGCAGAAAGCUUGUAGAUUUAUCUUCUAGCAGAGGCAACAUGGACGACAUAACUGUCAUGGUGAUCAACCUUCAAAAGUUCAUCAUUAAUCAAUGCAGUAGCCGAUAAGGAAUAGGUUUCAAACACAAAGUUCCUCCAUUAUAUCCCUCUUUAAACAAGGUGUACUCAGUUCAUGGAAAAAUUUGUAAACAUGCGGUGCCAUUGACUAGGGAUGUUGAUCUUUGGACUCCAUUUUGGAGAUAUUAUUCUUAGGGUUAAACUUUUGUAUAUGUCUCAGUAGAUCAAAUUUGAUUAAUUUUUUCUUA